GUCUCUUUUUCUUUUCCUCAAUUAAAACCCUUGAUAUUACCCCCCAUUCUUCUCUUCCUUUCUCCUCUCCUCUAAAAACACUUCUUCUUCUCUCUCUCUAAAAUCACUCACACCCUUUCCUCUAUUUCUUAUCUCUUCCUCAUCUUCUUUCAUCUCAGGAAAUGGAGUGCGUUGAAGCAAAAGCUUUCAAAACAAGUUUAUGGCGGCCAGAGAUGUUAGUGAAAUCAUCAUCAAAUCAUCAUGAUGAGGAAGUAUCUAAGUUCAGUUUAUGGGGUUCAAGUAAUAAUAAUGGUGGUACACCAACUAAUGGGGAUGAAACUUUUGUGGAUGACCUUCUUGAUUUUUCUAAUGAAGAAACAGGUGGUAUUGUCAAAGAAGAUAAAGAAGAAGAAUAUGAAACUGUUGAUGAUAAUAAUAGUACAGAGAUGAAGACGGUUUUUUCACCGGAGAAAAACUCUGCUUCUCUUAAGAACGAUUUUGCCGCUGUUUUUGCAAGCGAACUCAGUGUUCCGACGGAUGAUUUAGCAGACCUAGAAUGGUUAUCUCAUUUCGUUGAAGAUUCCUUCUCAGAAGAAUUUUCUCAAACACAAUAUAAUGACGGAAAUCCCACAGUUUUAGCACAACCCAAAGCACAAAACCUGGACAAAACUGAACCAGAAAAGAAACAACCACCACAAUUUAUCAAAACAGAAUCAAUUGAAACAGUGGGUUACUAUGGGUUUUCUCCACAGCCACCACCACCAACCACCACCACCGCAGCAACAACAGUACCAGGAAAAGCAAGAAGCAAACGUUCAAGAACAGGGGGAAGAGUUUGGUCACUUGGGUAUUCAUCUUUAACAGAAACUUCAUCAUCUUCAACAUCAACAACAACCACAACAUCAUCAACAACAUCUUCUUCAUCAUCUUGUCUCCUUUUCAACAAUAUCAUGCGAACACCAGAUUAUCUCGUCUCUCUUAGAAAACCACCAGUCAUAAGACAUAAGAAACAACGAGUUGUUAAUGGCGAUGAUAAUGGUGGUGGUGGUGGGGCGCGUGUCGUGCGAACUCAGUGUAGUCACUGUGGUGUGCAAAAAACGCCGCAAUGGAGAACCGGUCCAUUAGGUGCAAAAACGUUGUGUAACGCUUGUGGUGUCCGAUUCAAGUCGGGUCGGCUUUUACCCGAAUACCGUCCUGCUAGUAGCCCGACUUUUUCAAAGGCUGUGCAUUCGAAUAGUCAUCGGAAAGUAUUGGAAAUGAGAAAGAACAAAGCAGUAGUCGCCGCACCGGAGGCCGGUUUCACUUCAGCAGUUCAUAGCUUCUGAAUUCUCAUCAUGAUUAACACGACGAAAUCUGAAGUUAAAAACCCAGUUCGAAUUCUACACCCGUUUCCCCAUGGUUAUCUAUCCACUGUGUACAUUUUGUUUUUUAAUUUUCUCACUUUGUAACGGAUUUUAGGUAGUUUUUUUAGACUGUUUUUUUCUUAAAUUUUUAGGGUUUUCUGUUUCCUUAGCGUUUUGUUAUCCAUUUAUUUUUGCAGUUUUUUUUUUUUUAGGUCCAAGAGAGAAAAGGAAGGAUAUAGACUAGAAAAAUUAGGUAGAGAAAUAGUAUUAUUUAAUUUGGAAAUUAGUAAAAAUGUUAGGUUAUGUUUGGUGGUUGGUUUUAAAUUUCAUUUUCCAAUUUGGGUUUGAAUUUUUUUUUACCGCCAGACAGACGUGAAAAUAUAUUGGAUGCUCCUCGAGAAAAACACUGAAAAUUGAUGUAGACAUUGUGGGUUGGUUGUCUACUUUGUUUUGAUAUUUGCA